AUGAUCGCCGCGGCCCUCCGUCAGAGCCCGAUCAUCGCUGUCGAUAUGGCCAACUCCACCACAACGACGCCUUUGACCACCACAAGCGUUAGCACUGGCGUCAACAACGGCGCAGACACUAACACAGGUGCCACAGCUCCCGAGCUAAGCGAUCUCGACUACUUCAUCACUGUACUCCAAUUGCCGGAUGGUCGAACGGAGAACCAGAUCGAGGAUGACCUCGUUUCCAAGGCGAACGCCCUCGGUAUCUCGAGUGCGCGUGUUGCUGAUAAGCGUGUCACCUCAAGUGUCGAGUCAGCCUCAACAGUCUACAAUGCUCGAACAUUUUCUAUGCUCUCUGCCGGGUCCACAAGCACCGCUCUGACCACACAUUCAUCUAUCUUUGGUCCAUCUACACCUGAUCUAGCGCUUUCCAGUGCCCGACAAUCCAAGGAUCUGAGCUUUUCCCAGUAUGAUCGCUAUCUAUCAGUGAUCGAUCCUCACCACAACCACUCAAAAACUACAAGGGACUCACAAACGCCCGAUGCCACUGCUCAGAGUAUAUUGAGCGGCAAGACGAAACGCAGCCUUUUCAGCGUUAGGUCGGGAUUCAGAUUACGAUGGAAGAAGAAGGCAUCCCCGCAGCCACUCCAGGUCAUAUUGACCUGUGCGAGCUGCCGUGCGGACUUCAAGAGCUCCAAAUCAUUACACAGCAUCUCAUGUGGCCACACAUAUUGCGAUAACUGCUUAAGAACGCUCAUCCAUACAGCCAUGUCCGACGAAUCGAGCAUGCCGCCGCGAUGCUGUGCUCAGCCAUUGCCGGGGUUUGUGAUGAGGGACCUUCUCAGUCGCGACGCCCAACAGGAGUUUUUGAAGGCCAUUAUUCAAUACAGCACACCCUGGCAGGCAAGGAUAUUCUGUUCCAACCCUUCAUGCGGAGGAUUCAUUCCACCACAUCAAAAAUUGGACCCCAAGUAUCCUUCCACUGUCACUUGCCGCAAAUGCAACACAAGAGUUUGCCUCAUGUGUAAACAUAACGCACAUCCGACAGGUAAGGAUUGCCCGGAAGAUUGGGAACUAGAUCAGGUUAUCAAGGAAGGGGGCAAACCUGGCUGGAAACGGUGUUACAAAUGCCAGAACUUGGUGCCACUUGAAGAAGCAAGUACACAUAUGACUUGUCGGUGCAAAGCCCAGUUCUGCUUCACAUGUGGAGGUGUGUGGGAUGCCAAUGCUGGGUGCCCGAACGAUUGUGAUGGGGAGGAAGAGAUGGACCGGAGGAGAACGGAGGAACAGGCUCAACUAGCCGAAUAUGAAGACGAGAAGGCCGCACAGGAAGCAGCCGCUGCAGCGGCAUCCGCCGAGCGCCUCGAAGCCGAAGAACGAACGAGAAACAAUGCCGAUUUCUCCAACCUCGCCGAGAUGCAUCGGCAAGAACUUGGACGAUUCCUCGAAUUCGCUGAACAGGGUAGGGAGCACAUGAGGGCACGGUUUGUCGAGCAGAAAAAGUCGAUGAUGAAGCGGCAUGCCGAGCUCAAGGAGACCAUGAAAGAAAAACACGUGAGGACUGUGAGCCAAUUGGAGGAUCGACAGGUAGCUGCCGAGAUGGACCUGAGAAACACUCUGGAAGCGAGUGAACGGAGUGUCAGGAUUCGACUGAAGCAUAUGGAAGCUUACUGUGAUGGAUUGGGACGCAAUAGUGCGAACUCAAGCCCAGGCUCGAACUCCCAACCACAUCGAGUGGUUACGGAACGCGAUCUUCGAGAGCUCGGGCAACAGUACAAUAUUCGCGAUGGCAUGGAAAGGUCACAUCAGGCCAAAAUUAAUGUGAUGAGGGAUCGUCAGGCUAAACGCAUGGAAGAACUCAUCGACCGCCAAGAGGCUGAGUACGAAACCUUGCUCGAGCGGAAUCGACAGGAGCUCGUAGAAUUAGAUGCUCAGGCGGUCCUGGAGGAAGAAACACUGGCGCACAUAUUCACUGCACGAAAAUCUAAGCUUGUGCGUCGGUGGGAACUUGCCAUUGAGAUCUUGCGCAAGGAGCUCGAAGACCAAGACGGUGUCAAGUACGCACCAAUUCCCACACCAACAUGGCCUGAACAAACAUCACAGGUUCUUUUGUCUUCUGACAUGAUACCAGGCGUAAAGGCCAUGGGGUACGGACGACUCAGAGCAAGUCUCCGCCGGUUUGUCUCUUUCUGGGAGUUUCAGAAUGGUACUUCAAGCCAUAGUACCACCCAGCCGAUAGCAUGUGUUUCGCAAAUGGCAUCUGGCUCCGGCAACUUGCACCAAAUUCGCCAUCGAGAAUGCUGUCGCACCAGCGGAUUAACACCAGACAUACACUUGCAAUCAACCCUGCUGGAGCUUUUGUGGUUGAGGUGUGUUGCCUUUAGGGGGUAUGAAUACGAACUAAUGCUGGCGCCCGCAGCCACCGAAGAAGGCAUGUUUCAAUCGGUAAAGAGCCCUGGAUGGAACGAUAGCCACCCAUCAGCAACGAUGCAUAUCAUAUCAGGACUCAGAGAACCAGGUGAAUAUAGUAGGCAACGUUUUGAAAACUGCCGUCAGCCGCUGUGGCUUUUGAACUUGUCCAACUCGCCGCCAAACACGUUGCGAAAAGAGUGGGCGGGGGUACUUCUCGUCACCUCCUCAUACGGGCGCGUAUUCGCCUGCGUCGCCUUGUGCAUCCCCUCUGUUCAUCAUUUCCGAAAGACCGUGCUGCCUCGACGACAACGGCCCAAUCAGUCCUGGCACCGAAUCACUGACCCCCCGCUGCGGAUUGCGAAGCUCUCCCUAUCAGAACAGGCACACAAAGUUUCAUUCGCCAAUAGCUUCUCCAACGUUGCCAUCACUGUUGUCGCCUCGACGCAAAUCGAUUUUGACUUGUUCCUCGCGAUUGUCUCAGUGCUUAUUGCGCUCCAAUUCACUGAUCCUACCUUAAUCUGCGACGGAACAGUUCCUGCCCAAUCUCUACUCUACGACCUGACUAGCUCAAGGAAUGUGAGCGUCCACUCCAACGAAGUCUGA